AUGAAGGCCGACGACCAAACCAUCCUGAGUUUGCAUACGCGUGUCAUCACGCAUAAUCCUCGGAUCACGGUGACGCACGACGACAGCCUGAAAACGUGGCAACUGCGCAUCAGGCAGCUAAAGGAGUCCGAUCGCGGCUGCUACAUGUGCCAAAUUAACACAGGGGAGAUGAAAAAACAAUUGGGAUGCGUGGACGUGCAAGUGCCUCCAGACAUCGAGGACGAGGGUACGUCGAGCGACGUGACGGUGACAGAGAAGGAGAACGUCACGCUCAGCUGCAGCGCGAAGGGACAUCCGGAACCGAGGAUCCUCUGGCGCAGGGAGGACGGAAACCACAUACACGUCCAAGUUUCCAAGCACGAGGUUCAAAAAGUUGACACAUUUAGUGGCCCAGUUCUAAAGUUGGUACGAGUGGAGAGAAAACAAAUGGGUGCUUAUCUCUGCAUAGCCAGUAAUGAUGUGCCUCCAGCAGUCAGCAAAAGGGUUACACUUAACAUUAAUUUCAGUCCCAAGGUGCAUGUUCAGAAGUCGCUGGUCGGAGCCCCUCAGCACGCCACUGCGAAGCUCAAGUGCGACGCCGAAGCCUUCCCGAACUCGAACAACUACUGGGUGAGGGAGAACGAAGUUGUCCUAAACGGAAAUAAAACUAACUACAACCACAACGACUACAACAACCACGACGACGACCACCACUACUACCACUACGACAGAGUCAAAUUUAAUUUUAGGUUCCCGCCGUGUGGAUCCAUCCUUGUCACCAAAUUAAUUCCGGCAAUUUGUCCUGUUCUAGACGAAAGGGUGAUCGAGGACGACCCGUCCGAAAACUGGCUGUUCCCGAGCGUCGCCCCAGCGCCGCUAGAGUUGGAGACGCUCUCAGGGGCGCCGCCUGUCCGCACUGCCUCGCUAAUUUUUCAUUUAGCGAUGAUUAUGCUACCGCCGCUGCUUAUCCUCAGGUGA